UCCGGUUCCUGGUCACAUGCUAGUGUUGCAGGAUCAGCUGACAGCACACAGCUCCUUCUCCUUUUGAUGCUCUUCCUCGUCCGUCGGCCGACACAUAUCGCUCCUUCUUUCAACACUAUCGUUUUGCGAACUUUGCCUUCACUGGCCUCAAAUUCUCAAUUUGAGCCAAGUGCAUCUCUGAUUCUGCAGGUUCUGACGCCGGGUAGAUGUUGUUGGAGUGGAUGAUGAACGGACACGCCAUUCUUUACACGGGGGUCACUUUGGCCUUCUGGAGCACCAUACUAAUCGUCGGACUCUGCUACACCAUAUUUGACCUUGGGUUCCGCUUUGAUGUGGCAUGGUUUCUGACAGAGACUUCUCCUUUCAUGUGGGCCAAUCUGGGUAUUGGCUUGGCCAUUUCUCUAUCUGUGGUGGGAGCUGCCUGGGGGAUUUACAUCACUGGCUCCAGCAUCAUUGGUGGAGGUGUCAAGGCUCCACGAAUCAAAACCAAGAAUUUGGUCAGCAUCAUCUUCUGUGAAGCUGUUGCGAUCUAUGGGAUCAUCAUGGCGAUUGUAAUCAGCAACAUGGCCGAGAACUUCAGUGGAACAACCCCUGAUACCAUUGGAGCAAGGAACUACCAAGCUGGAUACUCUAUGUUUGGAGCCGGUCUGACUGUGGGUUUUUCCAACCUCUUCUGUGGCAUCUGUGUCGGCAUUGUGGGCAGCGGAGCAGCUUUGGCAGACGCCCAGAACGCCAGCCUCUUCGUAAAGAUUCUCAUCGUAGAAAUCUUUGGCAGUGCCAUCGGCCUGUUCGGAGUUAUUGUAGCCAUUCUGCAGACGUCAAAAGUAAAAAUGGGCGACUAAGAAGCCAUUCCCACACUGAGAAGAUGGACACUGCGGAGAAAAAAAAAAAGAUGGAUUAUUGUGUAAAUACAUCGUAAAUUAUUUAAAUGUCUCUAUUUGCCUGGUAUCAUUUUUAACCAUCAUCCAUACACGCAGAGGUUAAGCAAGAAAACUUGGGAUUAAAUGAUUGAAGCAGCCGUACAAAUAAAAAUGUACAUGAUUUAGAGGGACUCGACAUUUUCGAUUUAUUGCCAGUCAACAGUCAGUGGCAUCGUUUUGCCUGACCUCUUUUGGAUGAAUGAUGAGUUAAAAAUUACACUAGAGUAUUUGAAAUAUUUGUGUGUGUGCGUGCGUGUGUGUGUACGCUGGAUCUGUGAUUGAUUUUCUUUUUUUCCUUUUUUCUUUUCUAUUUUCCUGUGAAGCAUGAGGGUGUUAAUUGUUGUGUUUGUAGCCUGGUCUGUUUUUUUUGUUUUGUUAUUUCUUUAUCUGUUCUUUACUAAUUAACAAGUGGUCCUUACUCCACAUCGUGGCCCAAAUACAGUAUUUGUCAGAUUCCCUGCUGUAGAAAAUUAAGGAUCUUGGUCUGAAAUCAUUAGUGAUGUGACGGGGGACAAAUCGCAGCAGCAGCAGCAGCAGCAGCAGACCUGCUCUAAAUAUGUCAUUAAUGUCCUUACCUCCUGAAACUGUCUGGGCACAACUCAUUAAUCAUAGCUGCUGUGUUUUUCCCUCUGCGUCUUUCCCGCUUUUUCAAUUCUGUCUUAGCCUCAUCACUUUCACUCACAUAUACAAGGAUUAAUGAAACCCAGGAAGACGAGGAGUCAAGUACUAACAGCGAGAGGUGUUAAUGGAAACGCUUUGGUCUGAGACUUGUAUUUUAAAUAAUCUCGAGUGACCUAGACUGUAAAAAAAAAAAGAUCGACUCCCUUACAAAAGCAGCUCUUUGGAUUCAUAAUCUGAACGUCUUUCUUUUACACAAACACACACUGUAUUGAAUGUUAACUGUUCACGUCUGCAUCUUUAAAUAUUUUUGACAUUCCAUAAGAUUCCUUCAUGUGUUUUAAAAAAACAAAAAAAAAACUGAGAUAUGUGUGUGUAGAGUUUACUUUGAAUAGCAGAUGAUGUUGGACCCUCGGUACAUUACACUAAAUGCACCAUUAUAGCUGUAUGAUAUUAAUUUGUACAGAGGCUCCUGUAAGCUGGAUGCUGCUUUGUUUCGACUGUAUCCCGUGUGUGUUAACUUACAAAUCUGGUAAAUCAGGUUAUAUAUAUUUUAUUUGGCAAGUUUCCUGAUAAUUAAGCCGACAUUAGAAUAAAAUGGAAGAGGUCACCAUGUGCAAAAGUGCUGCAGUAUUCAGUCUAAUGUUUUUGACACGUACUGAAACCCAUUUUGUUCUUGAGGUCUCCAGACCACAGCUACCCCUGUGAUUUGACUUUGAUUCUGCUCAAGAACUUAUGACAGAAAGAACAAACCCUUGAAAAGAACAUGUAGUUAUCUCCCAAAGUUGUCUUCGCCGGAAGCUCAUCUUUGCCCACAUGAUGGUUUUCUAAUUGAACCUGGAUCAGACGCACAUUUAAACCAGGCUCUGUACCAAACCCCUGGCUGUCAGUGAAUAAAUAGUUGGUAACGUGUGUUUGUUAUGUUGAUGUGACGGUGAUCAGAAAAUAACUCAAUGUUUUUGACAUUGUGUGAUAUGAGAAAGCAAAUUUAAUCUUCCUUCUGGCUUCAUACAUGUCCCUGAGAAAAUAAAAUGGUUCAGUUGA